AUGAUUUCUGAGAGCGAGAUCCAGCGAUGGUUCCCGGCCUCACCGUCUGCUCCGGAGGCUAUCGCUAGCUUCCCCUCUGAGAUGACGGGUUUGGUGCGGUCGAGUCCUCCUCUUCCACCCGAGCCGCCGGACCCGCCUGAUCGUCCGGCAAGCCCUCCUGCAACCUCGCCUCCGCAGUCCGCGUUCAAAGCUCUUCUCCUUCUACCUUCUCGGGUUAACUAUCUAGUUCGAAACAGUACUAGACCUAGAACCUCAGAUGGUUCUCGAAGCUGGAUGUGGCUACCAUCGGAGUGCCGCUCCCUCCGCCCUAAAGGAGAGGAACCGGACUCUCGAGAUCCGUCGGCUCCCUUUCGACAAAGUGGAUCUACCCUUCUCUCCUCAAGCGAACGCAUCAUUGGGCUCUCUACCCUCCCUAUCGGCUUCACCCGACGGUCAAGGAAGAUGCUCCGGUGA